AGGCGGAAGGGCGGAGCUUCAGGUCUCCAUGGAGAUGGCUUCUCCUAGCAACCAGACGCGUUGAGCAGAGCCGCAAGCCUGAUGGACGCCGAGAGCCUCCUGCUGUCGCUGGAGCUGGCGUCUGGCAGUGGGCAGGGCCUCAGCCCGGACCGUCGGGCCUCGCUGCUCACGUCUCUUUUGCUGGUUAAGCGCGACUACCGCUACGAUCGGGUUCUCUUCUGGGGCCGCAUUCUCGGCCUGGUCGCCGAUUACUACAUCGCGCAGGGCUUGAGUGAGGACCAGCUCGCACCGCGCAAGACGCUCUACAGCCUGAAUUGCACAGAGUGGAGCCUCUUGCCCCCUGCCACAGAGGAGAUGGUGGCGCAGUCGUCUGUGGUGAAGGGCCGCUUCAUGGGGGACCCAUCAUACGAGUAUGAACACAUUGAGCUGCAGAAGGUGAAUGAAGGCGAAAAGGUCUUUGAAGAAGAAGUAGUGAUCCAGAUCAAGGAAGAGACCCGCUUAGUGUAUGUCAUUGACCAGAUUGACAAGGCUGUGGCCAUCAUCCCCCGAGGCGCCCUCUUCAAGACCCCUUUUGGACCCACCCAUGUCAAUCGGACCUUUGAAGGACUGUCCUUGUCUGAGGCCAAGAAGCUCAGCUCCUACUUCCACUUCAGGGAGCCUGUUGAGCUAAAGAACAAGACCUUGCUUGAGAAGGCUGACCUGGACCCCUCCUUGGAUUUCAUGGACUCCUUGGAGCACGAUGUCCCCAAAGCCAGCCUAUUUUAUCCCCAUUUUACAGAUGAAGAAACAGAGGCUCAGAGACUUAAACCCAAGGACGCAAUGGAGUUUCGCUCUUGUUACCCAGGCUGGAGUGCAAUGGCACAAUCUCGGCUCACCGCAACCUCCACCUCCUGGGUUCAGGGUCCUGGAGUAUCCAGAUGGAGAGGGGCAACGCCCUGGUGGUACUGCGCAGCCUGCUCUGGCCAGGCCUCACCUUCUAUCAUGCUCCCCGCACCAGGAACUAUGGCUACAUCUAUGUGGGCACUGGUGAGAAGAACAUGGACUUGCCCUUCAUGCUAUAGAAGGGGCCAGCCUGGAUUUUUAAAGAGUCUAAACAUGAUUUUCUUAAGCUUCAGUGAACUUGGCCUGGUUGUUCUGUCCUACCUUCUUAUCUCCAUCAUCGUCUGGUUCCAGGUUCUGACGGGCCCACUGAGCCAGGGAACUCAUCUCUAAACCAAACGGCAGAGGGUUGCAAUGUGCUGAUGAAAGAUACUAGACAAUGAUGGGUGUAAAUGGCUGUGGGAGAAGGUGACAAUCAGGGCCCCUUUGAAGAAGGCAGUUUCUUGGAUUCACACGAGAGCGGCAAGUGUGCCAGGAAUCCCUCCUUGGCUCCUUGCGGCUCUCCCAGACUAAGGAGCUCACAGCUGUCAUAAAG